ACCACCUCUAUUCUAAAAACAAGAACAAGGCAACAAAAGAAAGCAAAAAGGAAGGAAAAGAAGGAAACAAGUAUAAAGAGAAAUAAAAUUUAUAAAAAUACAUCAAGAAAUUACGGACGCUUUUCUGUCAGUUGUAUAAAUUGCAGCGCAGUUCCUUGGGCAGCAUCACAGUGCCGGACAAAAGUAUAGCAGCACACAGUAAAUAUGGUCACACCACAAUCGCCCACUCCAAUGUUCAACGGCCUGGACGAUGAUCUCUAUAACGAUGCGAAGUUUGCGCACGAAAUCAACGACAAGAUGCGAGUGCCCAAGCGCAUUAAGGCCACAGGCGAGUUUUCUGACGAAGAUCAUUUGCUGUCGAAUCAAAAUGGUUUGAUGAACUCGUGGAAUUAUCAUGAUAAAAUUGAUAUGAAUGUGCCGGAUCGCAUUGUGGUGCUGGGACACAAUCAGCAUCUGGAGACGCGCUCGGCACCGCGUGAAAUACAGCUGGAGAACUCGAUAUUGCCCAAGAAUCCAUCGAUGGGUUUUAUGCGCGUUCAGACGCCACCACGCGUCAUUACAUUAACGGAUCAUCAUUUUCCAUCGGCUUCCGAGGAUAGCACGCCACUGCAUCCCAAUGGCAAUCUGUAUCGCCAUGAUGACGACGAUGAGGAUGAUGAGCAGAAUGCCACACAAUAUGUGCGAUCCAAUGGCAACAUUCGCAUGGGUUUCCACAAUGGCAACGAUGCCAACUCGGUGGAAUCCGAUUCACAGCUGACCACGGGCAGCGCGAGCAAGCGUUCACAACUGUUGCAGCAGCAGCAGAGCAAUCUGGAUGGCUCGAUGUUGGCCCAUCGUGAGGGCACGCCCAUGGGCGAGCUGACGCCCCAUGAGGAGAUCCUGUAUCUGCGUCGUCAACUGGCCAAACUUAAUCGUCGUGUGCUCAACAUUGAGAUCAACAACGAGCAACGGAUGCAGCGCGAGAAGAUCGUCUAUUGCCUGGGACUGGCGUACUUUGUGUUGAAGACCAUCUUUUGGCUGAAUCGCAGCAACUAGAGCCAAAAAGCUAUAUAGAGCUUAUAAGGUCACCGAUUUCGACCUGAUGGUGCUUUUUCAUAAUUUGUUUUCUUGUUGCACACACACACACACACACAGACACCGAACCCCACACAGUAAUAGUUUAAUGUUUUUCCCCAUUAUUUCUUUUUUGUGAAUGGCUCUGAGAGAGACGUAUGUUUAUUAUUUUUCUUUUUGCCAUAUUUGUUAUAAGAUCUGUAAUUAAAAUAAGCACAACUUUGAUUUGUUUUGUCCGCCGUGGAACCAAAAAAAACUUAUUUUAUAAUUGUCAACUUGUAAAAUCUUCGAUCUACUCUCAAAAAUUUGUCCAAAUCGGGGAAUUUCAGCCCUUGUGUGUGCAUACAUUUUGAACCAAUCCAAAGCACAGCACUGAAACAUUGUUUUAUAUACAACUUAUAUAUGAUGUGUAUGGAUAUAUAAUUAUUUAUAUAUUAUGUCGGAUGGCGCAUUAUUUUUACAACCUUUAUGCAAAAAUGAUCUGAAUUCUCGUGUGCUUUUGUUGAACGUUAGUUUUUAGCCUUAACAUUGUUAACGAUAAUCCCAUGGAAUGAUCUUUGAUCCCAACAACAUGAAAUAACUAAAAAUAACUACGAUAUUUCUAUGCAACAUAAACAAAAAAGAAUUCAAUACGAUCUAGAUAAACAUAAUUUACCCGAAACUCCCAAUUUAUAUAUAUAGUGAAUUUCUAUGGAUAAGUUUUGAAUUGUUUUAAAACGAAUCCUACCAGCAGCAUAUGAAAUCAUAUAGUGUUAGUGAUCGAUUAUUAUUGAAUUAAUUAUGAUAUUUAAAAACAAUAAAUAAGAAAAUAUUUAAA